GCGGGGAGACUAUCUGGUGGCAGCCAUGUCAGUGGGGGGCGGAAGUGAGAAGAGCGGUAGCACUAUGGCCUAGUCUGUGGCCGGGCAAAACUGUACUAUGCCAGCUGUGUCAGGGGAGAGCGGCAGACAAGAAGGCAGGGCUGUGGUGGCCAUAUGUACUGGCAAGAGAAAAUAAGUCUUGGGUGCGGGAGCGCGGACGCUGUGUGUGUGACGAGGAGGAAGGCGGAAGCGCAGCAGCAAUGUCGGGCGGGGGCAGAGAAAACUCCGGGAGACCAUGUCUGUUGGGGACAGAAGGGGAAAGACUGGUCGCAACCGCCAUCUUUGUGGAAGGAACCGUUGUAGGGGCGGGGAUGAAAAAGUCUCUGUGAUGGCCCUCGUAACUUUCGGACUCUACCCAGAUAAUGCCAGCAUCCGGGGGUCUCCCGAGUCGCCACCGUUACUCUCCUCAUAGCCUGGGAUGGGAGAGUACCCUCCCUCCCCAGCAGACCCCUUUUGCCCACUAGAGUUCGAACCCGCCAUCCACCGAGUCGCGGGAACCUCCAGCCGUCCUAGAGCGACCCCACCGAGGUCCCGUAUCACCGGUGGGGGUCGGGUCGGGGGUCGGGACGGGGAUCGGGACGCGUCUCUUCCGGGUGGGCGGUUGCGGAGACCCGCGGUCUCCGUGUGGGGGUGUCUCUUUUCCCUUCCCUGCGGUGGGUGCAGAGGUGAAGGGAUUUGCUGUGGUCACUCAGUAAAUGUCUGACAGUAUUCAGACUGAGGUCUCCUGACUGCAAGAGCAUGUUUCUUUCACUAUAGAGUAUCAGGAAAUAAAACUGGAAACAGAUUGUGAGCCAAGAAAUGAAAACAAGGUGUUGACUCCAAAACAGGACAUUUUUAAAGACAUGCAAUUAAAGGAAGUGAAAUUUGAAAAACUCACAGGAGAUGUCCCUCAGGGACCUGAGUUUGGAGAAGGCAGUGAAUUUGAAGGCAGGCUAGAGAAACAGUCGAGAAAUACUGAAAUACUGGAGAAACCAAGUAAGACCUUUUCCCAAGAAAGCAAUUGUAGACAAGUAACAGUCACCCACAAAAUUUCUGCUUUAGGAGACAAAGCCCAAGAAUAUCAUGAAUUUGAGAAAAGCUUCAGUCCUGACUCCAAACUUCUUCCACAUCCAAGAAUUCAAAUAGGAGAAAAGUUUCAUCAGGGUGAUACAUGUGGCCAAAGCUUUGAACAGAAUUCAGAUUUAAUUAAGCAUCAGAAAAUCCAUGCAUCAAAGAAACUUUUAAAAAAUAAUGAAUAUGGAAAGUCAUUCAAAAAGAGCUCAGUUCUUGAAUAUCAAAAAUCUAAUGCUGUGUGGAAACCUUAUGAAUGUAUAGAAUGUGGGAAAACUUUUAGCCGGAGUGCAACUCUCCUGGAACAUCACAGCAUUCAUACAGGAGAGAAGCCUUAUGAGUGUAGUCAGUGUGGGAAAGCUUUCAGUCAUAGCUCUACCCUGAUUCAGCAUCAGAGAAUUCACACUGGAGAAAAACCUUAUGAGUGUAAUGAAUGUGGAAAAGCCUUUAGUAGGAGCUCAAACCUUAUUGAACAUCAUAAAACUCACACCAAAGAAAAACCUUAUGAAUGUAUAGAAUGUGGUAAAACCUUCAGCCGGAGCUCAAACCUUAUAGAUCAUCAGAGAAUUCACACUGGAGAGAAGCCACAUGAAUGUCAUGAUUGUGGGAAAGUUUUUAGUCAUAGCUCAACAUUAAUUCAACACCAGAGAAUACACACUGGAGAGAAACCCUAUAAAUGUAAUGAAUGUGGAAAAGCUUUCAGCCGGAGCUCAUCCCUUAUUGAGCAUCAGAGAAUUCAUACUGGAGAAAAACCUUAUGUGUGUAAUGCAUGUGGGAAAGCCUUUAACCAGCGGUCAGGACUUCUUCAACAUCGAAGAAUUCAUACUAGAAAGUAACCCCAUGAAAGGAAUGUGAUAGAAAGUAUUAGUCAGAUUUGUAGUUUGUUAAAUUCACCAGUUAAUUCACAUGGGGUCACAACUUCAUAAAAAUUGUAAGCCAUUUGAGGACAGAAUCUGUCUAAAGCAUCUUGUCCAUUUAUAGAAGCACAAAGACCCUCAAUAAAUAGUUUUUGUUUGAUAAAUGGGAUGAGUGUGUAAAGUUUUUACUUAGAAUUUACCCUCUUCAUGUCUUCAAAGACAUCAUAUUUGUCAAAAAUCUUCCCAUAGAAUUAGUGCCUUACGAUUUGAGGGGAGAUGAGGGGAAAGAACAUUAUCAGCAGUAUGGUCCUGUGGAAAUAGUGACUAGUGAUUCCUAAAGACUUAGCUUCAGGGUACUAAAUUCUGGUCCCAAAUCUGUUACCAAUGUAUAGCAUUUUAAGUAACUUAUUUUGAUUUGCUUGGCUUCUGUUUGCAACUCCAUAAAUUGUGAGUAAUUAUUAAUACUUAUUUCAUUGACCUUACAGGGUUUUCUUUGAGUAUUUUUAUGCUUAAAGAUUCUGUAAUUUUUUUCAUUAUGUAUCCUUCUUCACCAGAACAGAUCUGGCUGCUCUACAGUUUAACCUAUUUGCUCUACAAUUGAGUAGAUGAUUUUUUGAGAAUCCUGCCCUGUGUUCCUUACCUUUUAGCAAUUUGGUGAAAAUGAGCCAUUCCAAUUUAAUUUGAUUGGUCCUCAGUCUUUAGUUUGAGUUAUCUUGAGGACUAUUCUCAAAGCCUUUUCCAUUUGUUUGGCCCUAUAAAAGCUAAGGCUUCAUCUGUUCUUCAGCCUUCAUCAACGUGGAUUAUCUCUGUCCUGUGAAGAGGAAUCAAACUGAAAUGGAGAAGAAAAUGAGAAGAGAUUAAAAAAAUAAGAGUCACAAACAUCUUAUACAUUAUUAUGGAAUUGAAGUGGGUCAGAAGAUAAAAAGGAAAGCUUUUAGGAGAGAAGAAACAUAGAAAUACUCAAAGGAAUGUAAGUUGAAGUGAGAGAGGAUAGCCAAAGUUUGAGUGAGACAGAAUCAAUAUAUAGCACCUGAAGCCAGCACAGAGUGUGGAACAUCCUAGUACUAUAUAAUAAAUGACAUUGAAUCAUCCCAAUAAAAAUGAGGCCACUCAGAAUUGGGGACAAGUGUGAAAAACAAUCAUUUUAAGGAUUGCCCCCUCUCUGAAGCUAUUCUUGAAUCCAACAUGAAAAUGAUGUCUGAUCUCCAUAGAGAUUACUAGAUAUUUGUUUUAAUCUCUCCUUUAUUUCAGUCACAUUUUGUCAUAUUUAUGUACAUGCCAUAGCCUGCAUAUGUGUAUGCACUGGCACACAGAUACAGAAACGUGUGUGUGUAUGUGUGUGUGUAUCCAUUAGAUUGUAAGCCCCUUGAGGGCAGGUUAUCAAUGGAGAUGAAUAAAUCAUUUUCAUAUCUCCAGUUCUCAACCCAGUGUCGAUACAAAAAUAUGUAUUAAAUAAAUGUUCAUUGAAUUGAAUAUUCUUUU